AUGGCUCUCCGUAGGUUCCUUGAGCUCUUGGCCUUCUACGCUGUCUCAUAUCACACAGACGAGGGGGUAGGGGAGGGUGGGGGUUCAUUCUACAUUGGGUGUGAGAAGGGUGUAGGAAGCCGGAUGAGGAAGGAGAGGCUUAAAAUGCCCCAAAUCAAUUUGUGCAAGGGGGUGGAGGAGACUGGUGCUGUCACUGAAGGGCCUGGCGCUAUAUCAAUGGUGAGAACCACACCCGACCUUGGACAUACAGAACCAGGGCGAAAACUGGUGGUUGAAAUGCCAGCAAAAAUCGAGGAUGAGUAUCUCAAUAAGAAAGACUACCGUCAUCGACCUUCCAAGAAAGUCGUCCUCAUCAAGUGGAUCACGACCUUGCUUUUGUUUGUACUGAUACUGGGAUUCGUUAAUUUCAGUAAGAUAUCGUUUAUAUCCAUUGCAAACCGAAUGUUCCAUGCAGAGAAGAACGGCCAUGCUCCAGGGAUGUUUAUAAUGCUACAGAUUGUGGCAGCGACGGUGGUAUGUCUUCUGGAAUCAGUUGGGAUUACAUUCUUUAUCUUCAAAAUCCCCGGUAUCACCAAACCAGUUGUUGUUGUGCUCCUUAUGAUGUGCGUAUUCAUUGCGCCCAUCUUCUACAAUCUUGUGAUCAGCUUUUUACUUGGAAGGGAUGCGCGGGCAAAGGAUAAAUUCAGAUUCUUUACGGCGCUUGUAUUUGAAAUUGGUGGCUGUGGAUUGACUGGUUACCUGUGUUUUAUAGAGACAAGCAAAGUUGAAGAUUACCUCAUUGCUCCAGUGGCUGUGUUAUUUUUAUCAAUUUCGUGGACCCCUGGAGUUCAAAGAUACCUACUAAAGCUCGAUGAAGAUGAAGACCAUGCGAAUACGUACGGAAACCUUGAUGACCAUGGACACGAACCUCUGACCGAAUCCUACGGCACUGCGAGUAGUAUAAUUUCGUCUCCAAGUGAUCAUCAGAAAACAAGCAAUGAUGUCAGCACAGUUCAUACAAGUAUCCAAUCAGAAGAAAGAAUUCGACCAGCAAACAUGGCCCAUCCUCAACCUUCAAAAUCGUCUUUGCACAUACGACCAUCCUGGAAGCUAACCAUCUAUAUGUCAUUUUUAAAGGCGAUCACGAUAUAUGGCAUAUCUAUGAUUCUGUUUCAAUACUCUUCUCCUGGCGGUAUUACGGGGAUAAGUGAUUACGUGAAAGGUUGGAGUCAACUUAAUUUCUCCGACCUUAGCCUAUCAUACUGGAUCUUUUUCUUGGGAAAUGUAAUAGGAAGUUUGUUUGGGUAUUUCACGGCUUACAUAGCAUGUACAACCUGUAUGCAGAAAUUCGGAUUUUCCAUACCGUUGAUCUUUGUCAGUUCACCAAUGGCAUUUGCUCUGCUUUUCCCAAAUGUACUAUGUGAAAUGAUAGUUAUUACAGCAGGCAAGACAUUUGCAAUCGCUGCCAUGGUGUUACUGGUCGCCGCCCAAUUAUUAUCAACCGGAUAUAUUCUCAUUAGGUCGCAGUCGGUUGUUAUGUUGAAAGAAAACCAGCUUUUCUGGACACCAAUGUACAAUUCUGCCUUGCUGGAGCAAUGGUUGAUGCUGGUCAGAAAGAAUGAAUACCACGACGAAGGCCAUCAAAACCCCACUGAAAAGGCAAAGCGUUCAAAGAUUUAUGUUUGUACAACAAUGUAUAGAGAGGCUGAUUAUGAGAUGAGACAGCUCCUGGAGUCUAUACAAGGACUUAAUCACGCACAAGCAAAAGGCAACCGACAUUUUGAGGCCCACGUGUUCUUUGACGGAGCUGUAAAGAACAGACACCCAACGAAGUUUGUACUACAGCUGGUUUCGCUUGUUGAAACAGUGCUAGGUGUGGGAACAGAACUAUGUACCAAAAUGUCCACCCCGUACGGAAUCUUGUUGUCAUGGACACUAAAGGCUGGUGACAGCGGGAAAGGAAUGGUGUUCUGCAUCCACCUAAAAGAUAAUGUGAAGGUCAAAAACAAAAAAAGAUGGAGUCAGGUGAUGUACAUGUCAUAUGUGCUCGACUUUCAACUUAAACAAGACAACAAUGCAUCGGAAGAAGAUUGUUUUAUCCUCACAACUGAUGCAGACGUCCGGUUCACACCUGACUCUGUUGAAGCCCUUCUUGACCUCAUGAUCCGGGAUAACACAGUAGGAGCGGUGUGUGCCAGAACCCACCCCCUUGGGAGCGGUCCACUUGUAUGGUACCAGGUUUUCGAGUACGCGAUCGGUCACUGGUUUCAGAAGGCGGCAGAACAUGUAAUUGGAUCAGUCCUCUGUUCACCCGGAUGUUUCAGCGUGUACAGAUGCCGAGCUAUCAGGGAUAUCCUUCCUAAGUAUGCGACGAAUGUGGAACAAGCGUUCGAGUUUCUCACCAAAGAUAUGGGGGAGGACAGAUGGUUUUGUACACUUCUGGUCCAAAGUGGCUGGCGUAUUGAAUAUUGCGCCGCUUCUGAGAAUAGUACGCAUUGCCCCGAAGACUUCGACGAGUUCUUCAAACAGAGGCGUCGCUGGGUGGCGUCAACACUAGCUAACCUGAUGCUGCUCAUCAAGGAAUGGAGUAUCAUCUCAAAGUUGAACCCCCGUGUGUCCAUAAUUUUCCUGGUGUACCAAGCGAUCCUAUUGUUUGCCACUCUAAUUGGUCCAAGCUCGAUUAUCCUGGUAGUUACUGGUGGCCUCAAAUACGCUUGGAACAUCGGGGUUACGACCAGCGUUGUGCUACAAGUACUUGUUACCCUGGGAUACGUAGCUACGUGCCUGUUGACGUCAUCAAAGACACAGCUUAAUGUUGCCAAACUGUUAACAUUCCUGUACGCUGUGAUCAUGUCGGCUGGAAUUGUUGGUACUGCAGUUCAGGUUGCAAAGGACUUCAGCAAAGAUACUGAUGCUGGUAUUCUAUCAUCAAGCUUCGCCAUAUCAACUACAACACUUUACCUCGGGGUCAUGGUGGGCAUAUUCCUCAUCACCGGAAUCCUACAUCUUGGAGAGUUUGUCUUUCUACUUCACGGUGUCUGGUUUUUCCUCUGUAUACCGGGUGGAUAUCUCAUCUUAAUGAUCUACAGCAUCAGUAACAUCACUGAUCGAACUUGGGGUACUCGAGAGGAUAAAACACACUCUUUUCGGGUAGUUAACAAAAGAUGGCAAGAUACGCUGACCAAGGCAUUCAAAUCCUUUCUCUUUGGCCAGGAGAAUCUCCCAAGUCAGGGAUCAAACCAAGCACCUCUUACGACUAAAACGCCAAUAACUUCUGCAACAUCAGGCACACAAACCGAGCUUCAACAAGCAGAGAGGAUGACAAUGCGAACAAUGCCAUUGGGUGGACAAACCACGACACUGGAAUUCCAGUUGAUGGUAGACGAAGAGCAGCCCACAUCUCUCAAGUUCUUUAAUUACAGGUUUGAUAUGGGUAGCCUUGAAGACACGAACGAAGGAACGAACGUAGCCGGAGAUCUCAACGCAGAUUUUGACGACGUGGAUGAUACUGAAGACAAAGUACUUACCGUCGAGGAAUGGCUUCCCAGCGAAAACAGGAACACUCCAGCGCAACAGGAGUUAGUGAAGAGAUUUAAGGAGCAUGGAUUCGAAAAUACAAUAUUCAUCAGCAAAAUGACUGAAAGGGAAAUAAGAGAUUUAGGUGUGAAAAGUGCUGGCUUGACAAGUAAUUUGAUGCAAAAUAUCAAACGCCUUCCAGAUUAUGAAAUUCAAGCCUUUGUACCGAAAAGCGUUGAAGAGUGGCUUGACAAUAUAGGCUUGGGGAUUUACAUGGAGAACUUCAUAAGGGAACAUAUCAGAACAUCGAAAGAUAUGGAAAUAUUGAAGUCCUUCUCCAGGGCCGACAUUGAGACACACCUUAAGAUCAAGAAGAUCGGUCACAUCAAAAGAUUGCUGUAUGCAAUAAGCAAGCUGCGAAAUCCAACCCAAACCGAGAGGAAAAUAAUUGAAGUUCGUGAAAGGUUGAACAAACAGUUACUACAAAAAAUGGACAGAAUAAACUGCGAUGAAUUCAAGUUUUGGGACGAUCUGAAAAACUUUUGCCUGCUUCCCCAGUCCACAGCGUAUGGAUUGGAAGAAGAUCUUAAAGUAAAGCUGGGUGACCUACGUAAUGCUUGGUUGAUGGUGUUUGCUGUCUCGAACACUCUUUGGAUGGUCCUUAUCUUCACGUUGGCAAACCAAGGGCAGCUACUCAGUGUAGCGGGAAGUAACCCUGUUGGUUUGGUAGUUUUGGUGUUGUUUUCGUUCGUUCUCCUCAUACAAUUCCUGGCAAUGAUACUACACCGUAUAGGCACAAUGACACAUUUCCUUGGUCGAGCGCCGUACCGAGUGGGCGAUAAAUACAACAAAUCCUGGGCAUUUAAUGAUAGUGACAUGAAGGACUCCUAUCAAGAAAGGAAACUAGAUUUGGAAGCAACAUACGCAUUGAAACGCGAAAAAGAGAUAGCAUAUAAGCGUAUAGGUCGCGAAUCGCGGAAAAGAAUACACAGAGAGGAGAGAGUGUCAUUGCUGUCAAAGGCUGGCACAGUAGAACAAGUGUAGACAAAUACCCCGGGGAAAAUGAACAUUAUAAACGUUAUCAAAAGGACCACAAUGGAAAUAAGAGUUUUCUCUUUUUUGUGUAAUCCUUGAUCUGGUGUGCCUUC